AUGUCUCGUCACAACAAGGACUCUGCCGAUCUCAAACCCGAUUACGAUGAAAACCGUGCAUCCAACGCCAAUGCCAGUAACGCUGAGGAUAUACACUCUCUAGCUGGCUCGCCAUCACAGCGUGAUACGGGCUUGGAUCCACGCAGUUUUCCAUAUGUGCCCACAGCUCUGGCAUCAGUUUCGGACCAGGAAAUUGUCCCAUCUGAUUCAUGGCAAUACGAGCAGCCUUCUACGAUACUGGAACUAGCCUCGCCUCCAGUGCAGACUCAUCCAAAAGGUCGUUCUCAGUCUGCCACGAUACCGCUGUCGACGCCGUGCGAUCAUUCAUUUGCAGGGUCAAACAACGAUGAUUUAACAGGCAGUGUGCCUUCUGUACCAAGGCAUCCACGGGAAUUGAGAGCUUCCAGUCAGCCAAGAAAGUCACCGUUCGCAGAGAGUUCAUUUCGAGCUGGUAGGCGAGCAUUCGCGUUCCUAGACGCAUUUGGCCACCGCCUGAACAACCUAGAAUCUCGUGCAGACCUCGCUCACGAAGACAUGACCAGACUCGAGAGCAAGAUCGAUGAAAUUGUAGACAAGAUCGACACAGGUUCCUGUAUGAGCCAAACAAGCAGCUAUGGAGCUUCAUCCUUAGCCGGUCUCUCUUCUGGAGCCACUGGCUCACAUUUGACAGAUGUCCUUAUUUCCACUCUACUUCAGACGAUCUCGAGCGACAUACAAACCCUGACACAACGCAUGAAUUACUUCGACACUUUUCCCGAAACAGUGCAGACGGCCAUAGAGGACCUCACGCUGACGUACACUUCAACAUACGGCUCUUUGCGCGACAGUGGCGGCUGUCCCUGUCUAUCAAAAGACAAGUCCGAGAACAAGCCAAACAGUUUGCAGAACGGAGGGCGCCAAACAGACAACAAUGCUGUCACCGACCACGAGGAACAGCAGCUAGAAGACCAGCCGUCAUAUCAAGCCCAGUCCGAGCUCCGACAACCUCAAACCAGCCGCCACAAUGGACUGACGAGAAGUAGGGCACGAGGUAUCUUGGCGGCGAUAUGGGAUAUACUCAGAGCCUUAUAGGCAGGACGUGGGCGUGGCGAUGAUGGCGAUGAUGGCGAUGAUGGCGAUGAGUGUGCGAUGUGCUGAGGUGGUGUUGUGACUGAUUGGCAGAGACGAGCGGAUGAGGGAAGGCAACGCAGCGCCGAUCGAGCGAUAGGUGGAUUAUAGUUUGCUGGAGGAUUGGGGACAAGACACGGUGGUGGUCACACAUCAAGCUGGAAUUCCUCUGUAUUUUGGC